UUGUGUAGUCCACUAUUUUUGUAUGACUGACUAGAUCUUUUUAAUUUGGACUAACCAUGGAUGCUUGGUCCGACUAUAAUUUCUGUCACAUAGUCAAAACUAUUGUAAAAUCAGGUAAUGUUCUUGAAUCAUCUUUGGGUUGAGUUUUUGGUGUCAGAGAAGCUGAGUAAGUGGGUCAGUAUAGUCGUUGGGGCAUAUAUAUAAAUGUGCAAUUCAUUUAAGAAAGAGAGAGAGAGAGUGAAAAGGAAAUUUGGGUUUUGGGGUGUUGCGGAGAACAUAAAUGUUAGGUGUAGCGUUAUUUCCGGGGGUUCACACAAACCUCUAAUGUGAUAUUCACAGGUGUCGUAGUCAUAUUGGGUAAUGAGUAGGCCAAGGGAGGGGUAUGUCUCCUCAUGGGGACAAGACUAUUAGUCCUCUCCUGACAAAUGACAAUGGAGGUAACUAUUCACUGCGGCGGUUUUUUGACUGCUGCACUCAAUCGUGUGCGUCCUCGAUAUUCUCUCCCCUUCCCUAUCCUUCUCCUUUCCCAUUUCUGCCCCUCUCUCUCCUCUUUAGCCACUUAGCCGUUUAGCCGAGAAAGCCAACUUUUCAUUAUAGUGUACUGUUUCCUUCCUUUUUUACUUGUUAUAUAUAAUAAACCAUUCUCUUGGCUGUUUCUCCACGUGCAUAUGAUGAUGACAUAUGUUAAGGCUUAAAUUAAAAAAGUUACUGAUUUGUUUGUUAAUUUUGUGUGUAACAGAGGAUGGUGCAAUAUCAUCAGACGAGGAACUGAGUGGAGGUGACCAUGAGGUAGCGGAGGAUGGGAAACAAAGAUGCGAGGACCGUGAUCUCAAGGAUAGGUUGCUACGCAAAUUUGGAAGCCGUAUAAGUUCUCUAAAGCUGGAGUUCUCAAAGAAGAAGAAGAAAGGAAAGCUACCUAGAGAAGCAAGACAAGCUCUUCUUGAUUGGUGGAAUCUCCAUUAUAAAUGGCCUUACCCUACUGAAGGAGAUAAGAUAGCUUUAGCUGAUGCAACGGGGUUAGACCAGAAACAAAUCAACAAUUGGUUUAUAAACCAAAGGAAACGCCAUUGGAAGCCGUCAGAGAAUAUGCCUUUCGCUAUGAUGGAUGAUUCUAGUGGCUCAUUCUUCACCGAGGAAUGAAUUUAUUUUAUGGGGGUUAUCAUCAUUUAUUAACCUUAAAAUUUAAAGAUGGGGUGUAUUUGAAAAAAUGUAUAAUUCUCUCUUUGCUUUGCCGACAAAAAAAAAAAAAAAAAAAAAAAAAAAAAAAAAAA